AUGACACAUAUCGACGGACGUGGUGCACCGACGCAGAUACCUGCUCCAUUAUCUCCUCCGUACAGCUAUGGUCCCAUGAACAGCAGCAGCUUUCCCCCUGACUUCACAAUGGCUCGCACUACUUACGAUCCUACUUACAGCUAUGCAUCGAGACCUGCCAGUUAUGACAUAUUCAGACCUCGGCCACAAAUGCCACAUCCUUUCUCGUCCACCACAAGCAGUAUCUUUCCAGCUCCACCUAUGCCAGCAGCGAAUCGCCCAGAAGGUCCUCCAUUUGAGGACACCGUUAUCAUCCAUCCACUUGUCAACUCUCGAGGGCAAAACUUGAAGGUUGAUGUUCUUGCAAGCAUACCUAAGGGCUUCUUCAAGGUCGAAGACAAAUGGACCUGUUAUCGAAGGAACUAUUUCACUGUUUCUUGUGGGUUCACCUUCAAGACACACAGUCUAGACAGUCAGGUCUUCUGCCAGAGAUAUGCAUCGCAGGCUGAGCAUGUGCACGGAUACGCUGUCUCCAUUGCAGCAAAGACUGCUGUUGUGAAUAACAAUGAUAGUGAGACGCGGGGUCUUGUUCAGCACACGCCUAAACGUGACAAAGCAACGGAGAGUGUUCCCACUCGACAUGCAAUUGUCCCGACUCCAGCACAGAGCCUCAGUAAUGGCCAUAACAUCUCACACAACGGGAUAUACACGUCAAGCUCACACCACCUUCUGCCACAUGGACUUGACCCUUUCACACAUCCAAAUGGACCAUCACCACAGACUAACUACACAUUUGAGAGAAUACAAUUUCAGAAGGCGACUGCCAACAAUGGCAAGCGACGAGCCCAGCAGCAGUUUUUUCACGUGGUGGUCAGACUUGAAGCGAACCUGGGUCGGCCAGGCGGACCUGACGAAUGGGUUAUCGUAGCCACUCAACAGUCGCAUCCCAUGGUAGUCCGAGGGAGAUCACCAGGGCACUACAAAGACAGUCGUCGUGACAGCCAGACAAGCAUGGAUCCUGAUGGCGGUUCAGGUCAAAGUGGGGAUGGACAUUCCAAUUUCCCUCUUCAUGCACUUGGCCCAAACCAUUCAGCGAACAUGAGCAAUGCACAUGCCACGUACCGCCAUAGUCACCACUACGGCACAUCCUUCUCAUACACAUCUCACCGUGUAGACGAAUCAGACAGUUCGUCAACCAGUCCAGAGUCCUCGACAACCUUGUGUUCGUCUUCCUCCAAAGGCGAGACUUGCCGCAUUCCAUGCAGUAUGACGCGAACACCCCUGACCUUUGACCGAAUCCUACUUAGCCCGACAGUGAGCAAGAUAGACUCUGAUCUAAUGGAGUAUACUACUACUGCUACACAAUACAAGAAACGGCCCUUCGAUGACGAUAGCGACUGUGCGAGCUCUUUCUUUCAGAGCUCCCUGCACCCGACUUACCACCACACCCCAUCCUUCGAUUUCUCCGCCACCUCAGCAGCUCAGGCUCUCUGUGUUUCAUCAUGA